AUGGAGAAUGGUGGUUAUGAUGGUCUAUUGCUUCUUCCAGGCCAAAGGUUUUGCCCUAUGGAAGAUGAACUACUCAUGUUCUACCUUAAACCCAAGGUGAACGGCAAGGAGGUGCCUGGAAAAGACGACCUUAUCUGCGAGUUAGAUCUUUACGGUGACCAAGACCCUUGGAAGAUAUGGGAAAGAUUUGAAGCAAGAAGGGCAAACGACUUGAGGAAGAACAAGGAUCUUUACUUCUUCACCCAAAAGAAGAAGAAGACAGCCAGAGGCUCGCGUAUAAGUCGAACCGUCGGGAGUGGAGGUACUUGGAAAGGGCAGAACGCAGCCAAAGAGAUAUAUCUUCUUGAUCAGAAUCAGCAGCCAACAACUACUAUUCUUGGUUUCAAGAAAACCUACACCUAUAAGAACAAGGGCUCUGUGCAUGACGGUCGCUGGAUCAUGUACGAGUACGAACUUGAUGAGUCGCAACUCGUACACAAGAAACAAGUAAACAAGAAAGACUAUGUUCUUUGUUUACUUAGGAAAAACGAUGAACAACCUGAAAAGAAAAGAAGAAGGCAAGAAGAAGAGGAGAUGCUGGGAGACUCUAACCAGGACGAUGAUGGAAAUUAUAAUUUGAACAUUAAGGAGCCGCAAGCGAAGAGGCAAUGCCUUCUACCAUGCGCUGGUAAUGUUGCAACACCAUCAUUUGACUUUGCUGAAGCAGAAAAAUGGUUUGACCAACAAUUAUCGCAACCAGCACUAUUAGAACCUGUACAAGAAUCAGGACCAACACCGUUAGAAGCUGAACCGUGGCCAGUUGCAUUGCAAGUGGAUGAGAAUAUGGAACUCGAGCAUUUCGGGGUUGAUCAAGGAGCACAGUCAUUGGAGUUGGCUGAACUAGAAAAGUGGUUUAAAGAUGAAUUUGAAGCUCAGCCUCAACUAGGAGAAGAAAAUCUUGAGCAGCAACUUGCAGUGAUGAUAUGA